AUGGGAAUAGAAUCGCCAUUAAUGACUGAUUCUUAAGGAAAACCAUUUGAUAAAUUUUAUGAAUUGCCAAACGGAUGUAUAUGUUGCACGGCAAAAGGUGAUUUAUUAAAUGCUAUAGAAUAUUUAAUUUAGGAUGAAAAAUAUAAAUUAGAUUAUAUUUUAAUUGAAACUAAUGGUUUAGCUGAUCCUUCUGAAACAAUAAAAAACUUUUGGGUGGAUGAUAAUUUAGAAAGCCCUGCUUAAUUAAAAUCUAUACAUACAGUAUUAUCAGCAUAUAGAUUUAAAUAAUUAAAAAAAGACAAUAUAUUUAUAAAGCAAUUAAUAUAUGCUGAUACUAUUUUAAUUAAUUAAAUAGACAAAUCAAAUAAAGAUGACAUCGAUUAUAUUUAAAAAGAUCACGAACAUGGAAGUGAUAAAAUUAAAUCGAUUUUUUUCGAAUUAGACUAUGAGUUUGAUUUUAAAAGUUUGGAAAAUAAAAUUGGAUAGUUAGUAUGGGAAUAAGAAAAUAUAUUUAUUCAUAGAAUUAAAGGAAUUAUAAAAAUUUUAAAUGAUAAUUUUAUAUAUGAAUUAUAAGGUGUAAAAGAUAUAUUUGAAAUCAAAAAAAGUAAUGUUUUAUGGAAAAAUGGUUAAAAUAGCAAGUUUUUAUUUAUUUGUGAAAAUUUAACAAAAGAUUAAAUUAUAUAAAAAUAUAAAUCUAUAUUAUAUAAACAAAAUAUAAAAUUCGAAAUCAUAUAAUAAUAUUAUGUCAUGGAUUUAAAGGUAGUUCAUAUGAUAUGA